AUAAUACAUCUAUCGCGAAAAUACACCAAUCAGUUUCUCAGUUUUUUUUCCCUAUGAAUCAUUGUAAAACACUUGUUAAAAAGAAAACUGAAAUGAGCAAGGCAAUUUUGAUAUGAAUAUUUACGCCAAUGUGAAAACGCAUUUAACUAUCCUUUCAAAUCAGUGGCAGUGAUUGUUGUUGCUGGCUGAAGCGAUUUUUCUUGAUAGGUGAGAGGCUCUUGCUUAUCAAGUAAACUCGGACUCGGAGUAUUACUUUUUGUCCACUGUCCGAGAGAGUGUUCAUACAGUCGCGGUUAUGUCCCUGAAGAAAGACCUAAUAUCGGCUGAGUCGGCCCAGAUGGGUACCAUAGAGCCACAGGAACGCUUACGACAGCUGGCUGCUAAUGGGAAUAAUAUCGAGAUAGAUGGCAACAUUCCAAUUAUACGGUAUUACCGGUCGGGUCUUGAAAUCGUAAGGAUGGCCUAUGUGUACCUCCAGGAGGGGAACGAGGAUUGUGCUUACAUUCUUUGCAUCAAGUUCAUGACGCUUUUUCUGGAGAAGAUUCUCAAGCACCCGGAAUAUAAACGGGUUCCGGCCGAUCUGAAGCAACAGAAUCAGAAAAAGCUCAAGGAAGUGCUUCCUGUGGCGGAGAAGUUAAAAUUGAAACUGUUGGAAAAGUAUAGUCGUGAAUAUCAGCAGUUCUUGGAGCAGAAGCGCAGGGAGAGGGAGCUUGAGGAAAAACGACAGAACGAACUGAGAGAGAAGGCUAAACUGGCACCGGUCGCACCUGCUCCGAGAUUGCCGGAACCGAGCGCUCCAUCGAUGGUGGAUUCAGAUAUGUUGAAUCGUGUUCUAUAUCCCAACGAUUUCCCGACUGAUCUCAACCGCUCCUCGGGGGCAGGACUACUACUGCCAGACAAUAAGUCCAUUCCUAAGCCACUGUUUGAUCGCACCCUAAAACCAUCUCCGACAUCGGUUGCUGCUGGUAGUCUCCGGCCUGUGAUAGUUCCCACAACUGCGAUGGCUAAGUUCCUCCAGCUGGCUUCUAGAAACACGCUGAAUAAUGUGGAAACAUGUGGAAUACUUGCCGGGCGGCUAGCAAAGAAUCAGCUGCUCAUCACGCAUGUGGUCGUUCCUAAGCAGAAAGGUACCUCGGAUAGUUGUACGACCAUGAACGAGGAGGAUAUUUUCAACUAUCAGGAUCAGCACAACUUGAUAACGCUAGGGUGGAUACACACCCAUCCCAGUCAGACGGCAUUUCUCUCGUCGGUGGAUUUACACACGCACUGCUCCUAUCAGAUGAUGCUGGAGGAGGCAAUUGCGAUCGUCUGUUCGCCGAAGUACGAAGAAACUGGCUUCUUCUGUCUGACGCCCAGUUACGGAUUGGAUUAUAUUUCACAAUGUCGACAAAGCGGAUUCCAUCCUCAUCCGAAGGAUCCCGCCCUGUUUAUGGAAGCACUACACAUUACCCUUGAUGACAAGGCCAUCGUUGAAGUGGUAGACUUGCGAUAACUCAAGCGAGGUGAUGAAGAAAACGUGGGUCCUGAAAGUACCCAUCCGAAGAUUUCACACAGAUGGAAUAAUCGAUUGGCUAGAUUAUGUUUUGUAUAGGUUAUUUCUGUUCAAGUCAACAACAAAAGGUAUAGAGUGUGAUCCAAAUCGAACGUAUUUAAGUACUAUAUACUAAACCAACCGAUUCUAUUUAUAUAUAUUUCGAUAUAUUUAUUGUAGCAAAAAUUAAUACAGAAAUUAUAUGGACAAAGAAUAACAGAUUAUAAUAGCUAGAUGCAAUUAUGAGACGCGUCGGUCGGUUAUUUAUUUUUCAUCAAAUUGCAAGUGCUUUAAACGGACGAAGGUUGCGUUCGUGCUUUCAUAUGAAAAAAAAAUCGAUGCGAUAGCAUUUUGUGCUCCAUGAGUUUAGAACUAUAGAAUUCCAAAGAAAGUAACUUCGUUUGGCCUUUUCUUAUUCUUACUAUUGCACUUUAGUGUUGUUAGGUUUGUUCUGCGGACACUGCGAAAAGGACAGCUGUCAAACUGAUAGUUC